GCAGCUGUUUCCCUGUGGGUCCGGUCGGACUGAGUUUUGACAGUCAGCCUUCAGCAGCCAAGGGGGUUCUGCGGGGCCAGGCGCGAAAGUUGCUCGGAGGCAGGCGGAGUUGAACCAGGCCGAGCCGGGCGCCCAGGACAGACGGCGGCGGACGUCCCGGGCGGACGCGGCGCAGACUCUCCGCGGCGCGUCCCGGGGGUUCCGGCGUGCAGCUGCCUUGGCCCUGGCGCUUGCCCCAGCCCCGUGGGAGACCGGGGAUUCCAUCUUUCGUGAUGGCAUCCUUACGGAAUUGAGAUUUGAAGACCCGACUUCUUGUCACCCACUGGAUUAUGCCCAAGGCUUUCCUACCCAAUGAUCCUCUUGCAACACGCCGGGCUUCCUCCGCCUAAGCGGCCCUCAUCCUCUCCUCCUAUGUCAGUGGCCGCCAGGUCUACAGGAACCUUGCAGCUUCCACUGCAGAAGGCUUUUGGGCAGGAGGCUUCCUUGCCUCUGGCCGGGGAAGAAGAGUUACCUAAGGGAGGGGAGCAAGACUCUGCCCUGGAGGAGCUGUGUAAGCCCCUGUACUGCAAGCUCUGCAAUGUCACCUUGAACUCAGCACAGCAAGCCCAGGCUCAUUAUCAGGGUAAAAAUCAUGGUAAGAAACUCCGAAAUUACUAUGCAGCGAACAGCUGUCCUCCUCCUGCUAGAGUGAGUAACACAGUGGAACCUGUGGCGACUCCAGCUGUUCCAGUCCCUCCACAGAUGGGCUCCUUUAAGCCAGGAGGCCGAGUGAUCCUGGCCACAGAGAAUGAUUACUGUAAGCUCUGUGACGCCUCCUUCAGCUCUCCGGCGGUGGCUCAGGCUCACUACCAGGGGAAGAACCACGCCAAGAGGCUGCGGCUGGCCGAAGCUCAGAGCAACUCAUUCUCAGAGCCCUCAGACAUCGGUCAGCGGCGGACCCGGAAGGAAGGGAAUGAAUACAAGAUGAUGUCUAAUAGGAGAAAUGUGUAUGCAGUACAGAAUAAUUCAGCAGGUCCUUACUUCAAUCCCCGCUCUCGGCAGAGAAUUCCACGUGAUCUUGCCAUGUGCGUUACUCCAAGUGGUCAGUUUUACUGCUCCAUGUGUAACGUUGGGGCUGGUGAAGAAGUGGAGUUCCGGCAGCAUUUGGAGAGCAAGCAACAUAAAAGCAAGGUGUCUGAACAGCGGUACAGGAAUGAGAUGGAGAAUCUGGGCUACGUAUAAUGAUUGUCAUAUUCAAGUAGAGAGCUUGUCCUGCCUGUGGUUUGCCUUCUGUCAACAUGCCCUGCUUUGUGAUUCUUUUGAUAUGAGUACAUUUCUCUGCUUAAUGUUAAUACAUGUAACCUUGCAGUGGUACCAUGAGGGGUCAAAACUGGAGAAUGAAGAGAACGUACUUAAGUCAUGAUGUUUUUUCAGGUCAGUUGUGUUGAGCUGCUUAGAGCCUGUGACCUACCUACCCCAUGAGAAAUAACUUAUCUUGACCAAGUUCUGGUCAACUGUAGCCUGACCACUUAGAGCUUUAGAGCUUUAACUAUUUAAAAACUUUGUCUUUUUUUUUUCAACUUUAGUGUAAUGUACUGUUAAAUAAAUAAUUGUAAUGAGUUCUUACUUCAGAUCACAGUGAAAACAGGUAAGCAGAAUUUUCAGUUUUCCAAGGCUUCUUUGGAAUGCACCUCAACUCGAUGUAUUUUCCAUAGAAUUCACUGUAUAAACUGCAAUAGAGUCCUUCUCAGGAUAGUUUUUAUCAUGUCCCCCCUUUACUGACAUGCGGGUUUUCUUGGAUUCAGACAUUCCUAAUGUGCUUGUGUACUUCCAAAGAGCGAAACUUCAUUUCCAGCUUUCAGUUUCACACAUUUUAAUUCACCUUCUUUCAUCCUCUUUUUCUCUCCCCUAGUUGAAUUAGCGUAUCUAAUAAGUUCAUUUUCAUGGCCCAGCUAUGUUGUAGGUUUUCCAAGCCCCACAUUUGAAUAUCCAGUGAGUAUGUUUUUUUUCCAUCUGGUUUUAGGAAAUGAAAUAUGUGUUUGAUUUUUCACUUGAGUUAUUUCAUGAUAAUAACAUGUACUUAUAUGAUGACCUCAACCGUAAGUUCUGAUCUCUUAAUAUUUGUCUUGGUAAACUUUUUAAGAUAAACUGAUCCUUACAUUUUACUUACAUUCUUUUUUGUCUUGCUAGUUUGUUGACUGUCCUGAAAAAUACCACGACCUUACUGUUUCCCAGAUGCAGAGGAAUUUUUUUUAAGUUAAUCAAAUUUCAGUAUCAUCAUUUCUAGUAGAAAAAUACAUGAACUUUGGCUUUAUCCUUUAUGAUUCAGCUUCCUUGAAGAUAAUGAAAAUAUAUUAUAGAUUACUUUCAUAUCUAAUAAUUAUAACAGUAUUAUUAUUUUUGUUCUUUUUUUUAAAAAUAGCUCUAGUGUUAUACUUAGAUUACUAAUAGAGGACUCUCUGAACUUUCAUUAACCGUAUUUGCCUAUUUACUGUAUUGACGUGGGUAAGACCGUAAGUUCAUCUCUACUUUUUUGAAAGGUCACGUUCACCAGGAACUUUAUAUUGAGCAGUAUCUUUGCACUAUGGUAAAUUCACUUUUUAUUGCUAUAUUACUAAUUAAAAAUAAAACUCCUAAUCUUCCUUGAGAAUUCUAUAGGCAAAGAGUUGGGGAGAAGGAAAAUUAUAAUCAUCAUUCCUUUCCUUUAGAACUUCUGAACAAUUUUUGAACAAUCUAGACCGAUAUUUAAAACUCAGUUUUGCAAUUAACCUCUGGUACACUAACAAGUUACUCUUCCAUUGAAAUGGUGGUUUUCUGAAAAGCAGAAUUGUUUAGUAAUUUUAUUUUCUCCCAGAAACAAAAGAAUGAAAUAAUGUUCUGUUGAGUUCUCGCUACAUCUGUGACUCUUAGUAUGAUAACCCUUUUUCCAGUAAUCUGUGAAGUAUAAUUGAUCAUUUUAGGGCAAUUUAGAGCUUAUCUUAUUGGUCAGUAGUUUACUCAUUUUGCUGCUAAGUAUACUUUUUUGGUAGAUUUUAAUAUUACAGUGCUGGCCACAUGGCUCUAUGAUUAUUUAAAAACCUCACUUUCCCUCCUCUCUUUGUAUGUAUAUGUAUGUGUGUAUUUAUAUACAUAUACACACACACAUAUAUAACUGUGUAUAUAUAAUUUUGUGUGAUACCAUAGAGAAAAUUUCAUCAAAUCUUUAUUUCAGAUAAUAGUAAAAGAUUGUGGAUAAGAACUUACAUUUUGUGAAAGUGGCAUUCAUCCACUUUCAGUUUUUCCUUUGCAAAUAAAAUUAGAGGAAAGAUUUGCCCUACUCUCCCCACUUAACAAUUUCAUAUAUAUAUAUACACACACACACACACACACAAAGCAGUGGACUUAAGGCCUUGAAGGUUAUCCUGGCCUUGCGUAUUCAGGUUUCUAGUCUCUCAGUGCCCUUAAUGGAUGUUAUGAAUGCAUAAACGCAUUUUCUUUUAAAGAAGAAAGUUAGAUUUAUAGCGUUAUUUCUUACUUGUUAUAUUUCUUUGCACUAAAAAAGAGCUAUGUGUUUGUUUUAUAUGACACUUUAAAUACCAUAUUGCCUACAAUAGCUCAGUUUGCUCCUUAAUUUCUAGGAAGUUGAUAACUUCCAGGAUCAUUUAUAGAGAUUAUAUACACAUCCCCCCCCCCCCGAAAAAUCACAGAUCUCUGUGAUAAUGGGUUGUGUUUUGGGCUUGUUACCUUGCAAUAGUCUCCUGUGUUCCUUAAGUGAAACAAACGGUGACAGAGAUGUCAGAAAGGAAACGCCUAAAUAAAUCCAUCUCUGCAUGGUACAGUUUCUCAUACUCAUGCAUUCCUCAAAGACAGUGUUUUUCCCUGUCAAAGAAGGCUGUGGUUACUACUGCAGUCAGUGAUAUGUGAUCUCCAUUGAUUUCAUUUUGUGAAAUUGAGUCCUGUUCUGUAAUGUGCUUUAAAAUUUGCAGCCUGUGCUCCCCAGGAAUGAUACUAGUAUCUUUUUUAUGUUGUGUACAAGGAUGGACAAGAGGCCUAAUCAAUGGAAAACCUUUAGCCAAAUAAGUCAAAUAGAUUCCAGUACUCAUCUGCAAGAACGCAUAGCAUCAAAGUCUCUUUUCCCUGUGACUAUCUGUGUGUAAGUUGUCAUUUCAAAACUCAAUGUUAGAAGAUAACAAUUAGAAACUCUUCUAAGAUAUUGAGGGCAAGAAAUUGUAACGGAAAAAAUUCAGUGUUCCAAUUAAAAGAUUGGAUUGCUUAUGCCUUCAAAGUGUUUUUUUUUUUAAAGUUCAGCUGCACAACUGAGUGUGCCAUGUAAUCCUUUAGACUUUACGUUGAACAGAAAAUACUUUAUUGGUCUCAUCUUUGUAUAUCAUAUAUUACAACUUGUAAAUAUGUGCAUGUUGUUUAGGACAUUUGUCUGCUUGUCUCUUAUUGCACUGAAUUCUGCAAGGUGAAUAAUUGUUUUAUACCAUUCAUUUUGAAAAAGUUCCUCCUCCAACUCUUCCUCUCUAUUUCCCCGUUUCAUUAGUUGGUGAAUCUAGAAAACCGUUUAGAGUUUUUGAAACCCUGAGACUGGAUGAAGAAUCAUGGCAAUCUGAGACCAUCCUUAUGUCCCUCUGACUUAAACAGCUAAAAGGAAAGCAUGACAUUGUCCACCUUACUUUACAAAGCUCUUCUGCAAAACUGUGUGCUUGCUUAUGGCUACCUAUCUGUACUUUGAACAAAGAUAAAUGGAUAUGUGUGUCUAUACCUGAUUAAAUCUUCCUCCGCAGAUAGAUUCUAAGAAUUAGUGGUGGGAUUAAUGAUUGCUUCACUCCUGAAUUGGCUGGGACUGUGAGCAAUGACGGUUUGAGGACUGUCCAGUGACCCAUAUAAAAUGAGUCUCGCUUAUCCAGGGGAGACAUGUAACUGUUCUGCAUAGUAUCCUCUACACACAGGCUUAGGAGUGAUGGAUUUGGAACCUAAUGUGUUUAGUUUCCUCAGUGUCAGAACAUAGGCUGGAAGUACUUUAUAAAAAAUUUGGUGGCACAUAUACUAAACAGAGGUGUUUUAGAAAUAGAGAAAUGUUUUGUUAGUAUAGGUAAAAAUUUAGUGUGGGCCUCUGAAUAGUUAUUUUGAAAAUAUUCCACCCUACCAAAUUUUUUUUUUUUUUAACCAGCCAAGUCACCAUUCAGGAGUUUCAUACAUAGUAAAGAGUGCUUAAGAAUGCUUUGUUUUUGCUUUAGGGCUUUUUUUGGCAGUGAACUCCAUUGUGAGCUAUUACUAUCAAUCUAACUGAAUGGACAAAUAGCUGUAUAAAUAGCUUCUCAUACGACAUUUUUACUGAUAACUGAUUGUGUCUGCCCAUUAUGAAUGGGAGGAUCAUUUAUCAACUCCCUUUCUGGGUGGCUACCAAAAAAAACACUGGCUUAUGGUCCCAUGUGACCCUGUCUCCGUUAAGCCCAGAAUAUGAGUGCCUUUAGCAAGUUUUAGCAUUUCACAGAGAGAUGAUAGAGUUAUUGCCAUUAAUCACAAUUCAUAAAAUAGGAGCUUGGGAUAGCAAAGGUUUGUGUGAAUUCUAUGUUCUACAUCUUUUUUGUUUCUUCAUGCAAUCUCAAUUUGAUAUUGAGUAAAACUCUUAAUACUUAGUAACUGUGCUAGUUCAUCUCUAUAUUAAAAAAAGGCAUCUUCACAAAUCAGGUUCAAGAUAUUUUAAAGCAAAAUAGUCCCACUUAAAUUAAUUUAAAAUUCUAAAUUGCCUGAGUACUUUGAAUUUUUAAAACACACUGCUAAAUUAAUUUUAUUGUAGAAAUACUAACAUUUUCCUCAACAUUUUAUUAUGAAAAAUUUAAAACAUCCAUUAGAGUUGAAAAAUUUUACAGUAUACCCACCGCUAGAUUUUACCGUCAACAUUUUAUUGUACUUGCAUUCCUGCAUUUCUGUCUGAACCUAUAUUCACCCAUCAAACAAUGGAGUGUUUAAAAAUACACAUUUUAAUGUAAAUUUCAGAUGUUAUUUUUCCCUUAAACAGUUCAGCAUAGGUGUUAUUAACUAGAGUUUAACAUUUGUUUGAAUAUUAAAAUCUUUUAAAAAGCAGUGUGUGAAGUUGAUAACCUGAGCCAAUUAACAUAGGUCUUUGUCUCUUGGGGACUCUGGCCUUCCAGUUUCUGUUUUUGUAUGUGCUUCGAGUGAGGGGAGACUCCUUUUCAAACUGAAGUUUUCUAGUGUUGGUCAUUUUAAAUGCUUCAUUGUCAUACAUUUUAAAGCUUCACGAUAAGAAUUUUUUCUUAACCCCUCCUCUUAUGAUGUAUUUUUGCUGAACUAUGCAGCUUCUUUAAAAAAAAAAAACUGUAAAUGACCAGUUAGGGUUUAUUAAAUCAGCUUAUACCUCAUUUCAAUCUACGGCUGCUUUUUCCUUGGUGUCCUUUCUGCUUUUACUGCUUUCACCUGUUCUACCGGGAAGUAGAGAGGCGUGAAGAGUCAACCCCACAGAUGAUUAGCUGUAUUAAACAACUCUAGAACUGAUUAAGUAGUUGAGAAAGUUGAAACCAUUAAUUUAUCCAAAGCCUUUGAAUUCCCUCAGAAUUCUAACUGCCCAUGCCCUCUCUCCAGCCAUAAUUAGCAGGAUUAAAAAUGAUUGUACUGUACACUGAGUUGUUGAAAUUGUGAGCCUUAGUAACCAUCAUUAGCUUUACUCUAGUCCUGUUUAGGAAAAAAAAAUUGACAUAUACCUUUAUUUUUAUGCCUUUUUUUUGUGUAUGUGGACAAAAUGUGAAGAAUUUAAGUGACUUGUUGGGAAGAUUCAGUGGGUAAGUCAGAACUGAAACUUCAGUAUUCCUGAUUCAUAUUCUUGUGCUUGUUUAAUAAGAUUCAUGGCUUUCAAAAUAACUGAACACUUCCUUUGGGACCCUUAAAGUGACAAUGUGUAUUUUUACUAAUUAGACUUUUUUUUUCGACAUUUCACAAUUCUUUGAACUUUGAAAUUUUUGCAUGAAUUUUCCUCAUUGAAUCAAUGCAGCUGCUAAAAAUCUCACUUUGCUUUUGAAUCCUAACUAAUCAUACAGGUUUUAUCAGAUUUCCUUUUGCAUUUAAAUAACUCUCAUGAUUCACUCAUAAUUUUCUAUGUAAGUGCUUAAGUGACCCCCUCACUAGUGAAAAGAAAUGUUCUAUAUCACUGAUUAUACAUAUAUUCUCUACGUGAUAUAUUUUUUUAAGGAAAAGUAACCCCAUGUGUCCAGAUGAACGAUAUUACCUAGGGCAAAGCACACACGAAGUGGUUUAUUUCUACUCUGAAAAUCUGGCAUUUACGGGAACAAAACUCUUUUAGAGUGGCUGGUCAUUGUUCUGCCUUCUUUUGGUACUUGAGCACCUUUCUGUGGUUUUGUAAAUUAGUCUGUCAUUUUGUAAGAAUUUCAUGUUGAUUCUGUGUUCCUUGGUGUUCACCUUGUGGUAUCCUCAGCUGAUCAUCAUAAUUUCAUUUGGGUAUGGUUGUGUGUCUGCUUUGAAAUGCCUUACUAGAGCAUGUCAGACUCUGCUCUCAAGCAUUCCAUGUAUCUGCUAGGACAGCAAGUUGCCUCUCUUGGAUGUAUGCUCUAGAUCCAGAAGCAAAACUGAUUUUGCUUUCACUGUUAAGGUUGCAUUUUAGUGCAGAUACUGUUUUAAAUUAGAGAAUAAAAUCAUGGAAAAUCAAGGGGGGACUUUAGAACCCUUCAUCUAAUGGCAUGGCAAACUUUUAAAACUGCUUUUGCUAUUUCACUAGAACAAUGCCUCUGGUAGAGGGUAGAGCUAAAAAAUGCCAGCCCAAACUGUAUGAAAUUGGGACUGUUUCCCACAGUUUUCUCUAAAUGUCAUACAGGGGUUUAACAUCUGUGUGUAUGUUUCCCAGUGACUACUGGGGAAAUCUGUGCUCUGAGGCUUCAUAAAUGACAAAUGUGUCAUGAGAUUAAAACCAAUCAACUGUGAAUUGUGAAAUUGAAAUUGCUCUUUUGGUUUUAUUUUAUUCAGCAUAUUGAAUAGAGGAAUCUGAAAGUUUUUCAAAAUUUACACUGCUUAUGUUGAUGGCUCAUUUUGGCUGCGUAUCCUUACUUAUGUACUGAUUUCUGAUAAAGGCUUGACGUUAUUAUGACAGUCAUUUUGUGUUCAAUUUAAUAAAAAGUUUCUGAGUCUUGUCUGCAAA